CCUGAGCCGCUGCUGUAGGCGCCUCAAUUUCUCCAUUCCUAGGCUUAGGAGCUUCGUAAAGCAUCGGAUUUAUAGAUUUCAUCCUCCGCUCUGGCUCGAUUAGCAUCCCCUGUUGCGCGCAGCCUGCAGUCUUCGUUCACAUCCCGCCUGUGUCGUCGCCAAUAUUCUUUGCAUUUCUCCACCGCAACCGCAACACGAUACAUGGCUGAAUGGCAUAAGCUGCCCGUCAGUUUGACCGAGCUAUGUAUUGACACAACGCUUCGUUGCGGCCAAAGUUUCAGGUGGCGCAAAGCAGAAGAUGGCACAUGGUCAGUGGCCUUGCACGGCCGAUUAAUCUCACUGCGUCAGGACCCGGAGCAUUUGCACUAUCGAGCCAUAUGGCCGAAGACAGUCUCAGCUAUUGCGACCCCGCCGCGAUCAAGAUCGAGCCCCGCCGACGGAGUCGAGCACGAUGGCGACGACACAUUGGAAUUGCUCAAAUAUUAUUUCAACCUGACGCAUAAUCUAGGUGAUCUAUAUGAGCAAUGGGCAGCUGGAGACGCAAACUUCAGGAGAAAAGCGCCAAGGUUCACGGGUGUACGCAUUUUGAAGCAGGAUGCUUGGGAGGCUCUAGUUGGGUUCAUAUGCUCGUCAAACAACAACAUAACGCGUAUAUCUCAGAUGGUAUCGAAGCUAUGUAUGCAUUACGGGCCUUUCAUUGCCAGUCUGGAUGGCGAGGCCUUCCACGACUUUCCGCAGCCAAGUGCGCUUUCGGGCGCAAAAGUCGAGCAGCACCUGAGAGAGCUGGGCUUCGGCUAUCGGGCGAAGUAUCUGCACCAAACUGCGAUCAUGAUCGAAGAAAGGGGAAUGGACUGGCUCAAUGGGCUGCGCAAUCCAGAAAGCCCCGUUUUUGGCAGGGAGCCUAAGCCUGCUGGAGAGCUAGUUGAAGGUGGACGGGAGGGCUAUAGGCAGGCGCACGAACAGCUUCUCGAGCUGCAAGGUGUCGGUCCAAAGGUUGCAGACUGCGUUUGCCUGAUGGGCUUAGGUUGGGGUGAAGCCGUGCCGGUCGAUACACAUGUCAUGCAGAUUGCGCAGCGAGACUACAAGUUCGCCAAAGGCAAGCACUCGAGUUUGACGAAAGCCACAUAUGACGCCAUAGCAAACAAGUUCCGAGCCUUAUGGGGCAAAGAGGCGGGAUGGGCACAUUCUGUUUUGUUCACCGCGGACCUGAGAGCAUUCUCAGAGCGCUUGGUUGAGAAAAUCGAAGCCGUGGACGCAAAAACCACCAUCAAGACCGAAGACAGAGCGAUUACGGUUAAGACUAUUGGGCAGGAGACUAAAAUAGUAAACAAGCGCAUCAAAGAUGAGCUUGAUGCAGAAGAGCGUCAAAUACUGCAGCUAUCUGCCAGGUCGGUAAGGGCAGCCAAGCGGAGAAGGAAUGUAUAAUUUGUUCAUUAGAAGUCCCCACAAACAAAGUCUGUAUGUCCUGACGGGCGAAAGAAAGAGCUGGUCUCACACUUCGCCUUGAAUGCAAAUCAUUGCCAGCUGUAUCUGAGAACGGCCUUGUUGGUCAUUGUUUAAGCUUGAAUUAAGGUCCGCGGCUAGUGGCUUA